AUGGUACUAUCGCUUUCUGCCUUUCACAUUCUAAUUGUGGGCUUUGUCGCUCUGGGUAGUCUGACCUACGGCUACUGCUCCAGCAUCAUCUCGACCACGCUUGGACAGCCUUCUUUCCUUGCCUACUUUGCUCUAGACACCCGUCCAAACGCCUCCCAACUAGAAGGCGCCAUCAAUGGCCUAUUUCAGGCUGGUGGUUUGUUUGGGUCUCUUUCGUGUAUAGGGUCUGCUGAUAUGCUGGGCCGCAAGAAAGCGAUCUUCAUUGCAGCCCUGGUUAGUCUUAUUGGUGGUGCUUUGCAAGCGGGCAGUGUGCAUAUUGCUAUGUACUUGGUUUUCCGGUUUAUUACAGGGCUGGGUGUUGGAGCAUUGCUUGCUCUCGUUCCAUUGUAUCAAUCAGAGAUCGCACCUCCACAGAUCCGCGGCUUCCUAGUCGGGACUCAUGGCGUGAUGAUAUGCAUUGGAUAUGCACUUGCUAGUUGGAUUGGUCUCGGUUUCUAUUUUGUUGACCUACCAGGAUCACAAUGGCGACUCCCACUAGCAAUCCAAUGCCUGCCACCGCUUUUGCUCGCAUGCGGAAUAUUCUUUCUCCCCGAAUCCCCUAGGUGGCUGAUCAAUAGCGACCAAAUUGAGGAUGCACUAGUCGCUUUCAAGGCUAUUCACACGGAACCAUCGGCUUCUAACGCUGAUGUUUCCACUUCGGUCAUGGAGGAAUUUAAUAAUCUUCGUUCCCUUAUAUAUCAAGAAAGACAGGAUAAACAUACCUUUGCUGAUCUAUUCUACGACCCAUCCAUGCGCAAGAGAUGCCUUAUCGGGUUCUGUGUAUUGUUUGCAUGUCAAGGAACUGCAACUCUGGUAAUUAACAACUACGGACCAUCAUUAUACGCCGGCCUCGGCUUCAGCACUGUCCCCCAACUCCUAAUCCAAAGUGGCUGGAUCAGCGUGUGCCCCAUUGGCAACUUUCUCAACUCCCUUAUCGUGGACAAAAUCGGGCGCACCCGUCUAUUAAUGGCCGGAUUUGCCGGCGUAAUCGUCGCGCUCGUUGGCGAAUGCAUCAGUCUAAGCAUUUAUCAAAAAUCGGGAAACUCGAAUACAGCAGCAGCUAGUGCCGCAGUAUUCUUUCUCUUCUUGCAUAUCACCUGCUUCUCUCUUACCUGCGACGCCACCUCCUACAUCUAUGCAUCUGAGAUCUUCCCAACUCCUGUUCGCGCAAAGGGGCUGGCGGUUUCCGUCUCUGGGCUUUUCGUGGCGACAAUUAUAUUCCUGCAAUGUGCUCCGACGGCAUUUGCUCAGAUUGGAUGGAGGUAUUAUACGGUGUUUAUUGCUUGUACGGCUGUGAGUUUUGUGUUUGUUUGGCUAUAUUGUCCAGAGACCCGACAACGCUCCCUAGAAGACAUUGCGCAUUUAUUCAACCAGCCCGAGGACUUGGAUAAUACCACCAAGAAGAUUACUGAGGAGGUUGAAAGUGUUUGAGGGGAUUCUGUGAGGUGCCAGUCAUUUAAUGAGUAAAUUGGUGCUAUUCUAUCGAAAACUAAGCAUGAGAAAGGAAUCUUCAAAGCAAUUUCUGGUGUCUUGACUGGGUUUCGACAACCCGCCUGAGCUACCCGAACUGUCAC